UAGCGAGGCCAGGGUGCACGCGCAGCGGCGGUUGGCGGGCGGCGCUGAGGGGAAGAGGGGGCCGGAGCCGCCGUUGCGCAGCUCGGGAGGGAAGCGGAGCCCGUGACCUUCCGCUGCUGCCGCCGCCUGGGCCUGAGGGAGCCGGGCCCGGCCCGGACGCUGCCUGGAGCCGCCGCCAUGAACAACGUGGGAGGCGCUGACGAGAUCGGAAAGUUGUUUGUGGGUGGCCUAGACUGGAGUACAACACAAGAAACUCUCCGUAGCUACUUUUCCCAAUAUGGAGAAGUUGUAGACUGCGUAAUAAUGAAAGAUAAAACAACAAACCAAUCUCGAGGGUUUGGAUUUGUCAAAUUUAAAGAUCCCAACUGCGUGGGAACAGUACUGGCCAGCAGACCACAUACAUUAGAUGGCCGAAAUAUUGAUCCAAAGCCAUGUACACCUCGGGGAAUGCAACCAGAAAGAACACGGCCAAAGGAGGGAUGGCAGAAAGGACCCAGAAGUGAUAACAAUAAAUCAAAUAAAAUUUUUGUUGGUGGGAUCCCUCACAACUGUGGCGAGACUGAGCUCAGGGAAUACUUCAAGAAAUUCGGAGUGGUCACUGAAGUUGUAAUGAUCUAUGAUGCAGAGAAACAGAGGCCCCGAGGUUUUGGAUUUAUUACUUUCGAGGACGAACAAUCAGUGGACCAGGCUGUCAACAUGCAUUUUCACGACAUCAUGGGCAAAAAAGUGGAGGUAAAACGUGCAGAACCUCGUGAUAGCAAAAGCCAAACCCCAGGGCCACCAGGUGCCAGCCAGUGGGGAAGCCGGAUCAUGCCAAGUGCUGCCAAUGGCUGGGCAGGUCAGCCCCCUCCUACCUGGCAACAAGGAUACAGCCCUCAAGGAAUGUGGGUACCAGCUGGACAAGCAAUUGGUGGGUAUGGACCACCUCCUCCAGGAAGAGGAGCCCCUCCUCCUCCACCACCUUUUACCUCAUACAUAGUUUCUACGCCUCCUGGAGGAUUCCCACCUCCACAAGGGUUCCCACAGGGCUAUGGCACCCCUCCACCAUUUAGUUUUGGAUAUGGUGCUCCACCUCCUCCACCUGACCAGUUUGCCCCUCCUGGAGUACCCCCUCCACCUGCCACUCCUGGGGCAACACCACUAGCUUUCCCACCGCCACCACCACCAUCUCAGGCAACUCAGGACAUGAGCAAACCCCCAACUGCUCAGCCAGAAUUCCCUUAUAGCCAGUUUGGUUAUGGACAAGACUUGAGCGGUUUUGGACAAGGUUUCUCCGACCCCAGCCAGCAGCCCCCCUCCUAUGGAGGCCCCUCGGUGCCACCAUCAAGUGGCCCACCUGCAGGAGGAAGUGGUUUUGGACGAGGACAGAACCAUAAUGUGCAAGGAUUUCACCCCUACAGACGCUAGCACAUGCUGGCAAUCAGGGAAUCCUGUCCACAGUGGGAUAUCUGGUAGCAGCUGAACCCAGGAAUCCCAGACUUCUGAACUUGUGACAAUCACAUACUUGAUGGAGGAAAAAAAUCUAACAACAUUGGGGGAGGGCAAUGGGAGGGGGGAUGGCUUUUGAAGGCAACGCUGUGGGUGUUUGGACUGCAGGUUUUAAAUAUAUUCCUUUCUCUAACCCAUCAGCACAAAUAAAGAAAAUGUCACUGGUUCAAACUACAGGGUUUUAAAAAUGUCUUCAGCUUUAAUUCAAAACUUCAGGUUUCUUUUUUUGAAAUUAUUUUUCCUGAGCCUUUGUUUUACCGUAUAUUGUAAACUUUUAUGUUUAAAGAAAAAUAUAUACAUUUACAGAUUGUGAAAUUUUUAAGAGAAAUUUUCUACUAUGUAUGCUGGCUUAUUUUUUAAUUUAAAACAGGGUUUCCGUUAGCAAUGUUGGAAGUGAUGGUCAGUUUCAACCCCUUUACUUCUAACAUAAUGGUGGGGCAGUUGGUCCAGAAACUCUGGGAGUUAAAAGAAGAAAUCUACUGAGUGUAUUUUGCUUUUGUUACCUGACAGUAUAGAACUGGUAACAAUGCAGGUGCAGACUUGUUGAUGCACAGUGUCACUUAUGAAGUACAGCAUUUAGAUCUGUGCUUCAAACUCUUUAAAAUCCUCUGUGGAUUUCAUUAGGGGUUAACGGAGGCCUUGUUAAGAUGUAGAUUUCCCUCAGGCAAAAGGUUUAGGUGCAUUUUGCACUAACCAGUGAUUACCCCUGGUUUGAAUAAAGAGAAGUACAUUUGGAUUAGAAA